AUGGCAUCAUCAGCACUCUACGCGUCUCGAGCGCUCCGCUCAUCCACCUGCACCACAUGUCUCCGCCGCUACGGUCUAAGCUCGCUGCGCUAUUCGUCUACGGACGCCGCACCUCCUCUGCUAGCGCAAAUUAAGAAGGACCUGAUGGCCGCUAUGCGUGCCAAAGACAAAGCAAGGUCGAAUGUACUGCGCGGCAUCAUUUCCGAAACGACCCAGAUGGCUAGUGGUGCGAAUCCCAUCAAGACUGAUUUACAAGUACUUGCUAUGCUUAAAAAGAGGAAGUCUGCGUCGCAGAAUGCGGCGAAGGAGGCUGAGGAGGCAAAACGCCCUGAUCUGAAGGAGAAGCAGGAGCAGGAGAUCGCCAUACUGGAUGAGUAUGCUGGCAGCAUAGCAUUACUGUCGUUGGAGGAGCUCGAAGCAGCAGUCAAAGCUACUGUGGAGAAGCUCGGCGAAGAUGGAAAAAAUCAAGGCAGAGUCAUGAAAGAGCUCCUGCGAUCUGGUGGGCCCCUGGAUGGAAAACCGGUCGACAAAGCUCAGCUAGCAGGCGUUGUGAAGAGUAGCUUGAGCAGCUGA